UUGACACCGGUGCUGAGUGGCCCACUGAGCCCAAUCUCUAACGGAGAAUAGGAGUAUCGCCCCGGCGGACAGUUGCGGCAGCCUUCUGGCUUGGAUAUUUUUCAUUUUUUCUGGAUUUAUACAUCACAGAUAAAUUCCGGGAUGCCUUCAAAUCAAAAUGUUCAAGGAGGGAAAGCCUUCGGUCUGUUGAAGGAGCAGCAAAGGCAGAAAUUGGAAGAGAUAAACAAGGAAUACCUGGAAGACCAGAAAUACAGGGAUGAAGAAGACCUUCCAGAGAAAUUGGAAAGCCUCAAAAAUAAAUAUGCUGAGUUUGACCUGAAUGACCAAGGAGAGAUUGAUAUGAUGGGUCUGAAGCGAAUGAUGGAGAAGCUGGGGGUGCCCAAGACCCACUUGGAACUGAAAAAAAUGAUUGUUGAGGUGACGGGUGGCAGCAGCAACACUAUCAACUACAGGGACUUCGUCAAGAUGAUGCUGGGCAAGCGUUCAGCUGUGCUCAAACUAGUCUUGAUCUUUGAAGACAAAGCCAACGGCUCUCCCUGCAAGCCAGAAGGACCCCCUCCAAAGCGGGACAUUGCUAGCCUGCCUUAAGUGUGGAUGUCAGCCUCCGCACUGCUAGUAGAGCAGAGGGACCAUCAGUGGCUGCCUGGGAUUGAACCAUUUUUUUAACAUGUGGAGUGUUGGUGUUAGUGCGGGACCAGUGAUUGAGGAUGUUAUUUUGUGAAUUUACAGUGUGUGCAAGGUGUCUGUUAUUUGGAAGACUGAGACCACAACUCACUAAAUGAUGUUUGACUGUGAAUAUUAUUAUUCAUCCUUCCUUAAUUAAAAUGUAGCAUUGAUAGUUGUACAUGUAAUCUGCUUGAUAAAUUUUGUAGUAAGUGUUUCAUGGUUAUAUUUUAAGGGAAGACUCAAAAUCCCCCCCCCCCUUCCUUGUUUCUUUGUUUUAUUUUUGGGACGCAUUAAUUUUAACAAUGUGAGAGUGGGAGAAGCACAAGGAAAAGAAGCAGUUCUUCCAACACAUUUUUGCACUGUCCUCAGUGGUCUUGCAUGGGAUUCCUGCCAGGCUAAUCUUGGUCAGCGUCUUGCUUUAGAUCAGGUGCCAGAGAUUACAGGCCCAGCCCAUUUCCUCUGGGUCAAACUCAUCGGACUUGGGGCCAAAAUACUGAUCUGGAAUCGGUAACUAGAUUAACAUGGCCGCCUCAUGAUCUGAAAAAACAUUUUUGUAGAUGCGUACUGAAUAUUUACUCACUAGCUGAGAGGAGAAUAAGAGAUCAUGUUGACCAUGGGACUUUCAGCUUCAGUAUGUGGCUUGAGGAACAGUAAAUCUCACUUAUAGAUCUGUAAGGUUAAGCACAUGUUAAGUUUGGAAGGAGUGUGAUUUACAGGCACACAAGCGGAACAAAUGUACAUAAUAUACCACACGCAGUACAAUCAUAUUCUUUCCAAGUGCCUCAACAUGCAGAUACUGUAGAGCUUAAACACAGAUUUAAAAAGGAGGGGGUUCACACAGGUGUUCAGUUCAAGCAGUCUUCUUAGCUUACUAAUUCCAGAAAAUCAUGAAAUUAUGUUCUUUGGUAAGACAGUUGUUUGUUGAAUUAUAUUGAUAUGGUGUUUAUUAUUGGUUUCCACAACAUUCUGAGUGAGUGAAGUACACAAGUGAUGGAUUUUUGUGUAGUUUCUAUGUUGUUUCCCCUUAUUAUUUUUUAUGUCACUGCAUUGUUUAACCUGUUUAUUGGGUCAUUUAACGUUUAAGGUUAUCCUAUAUUUGUCUUGCAACUCAUACACAUGUUAUUCAUUUCUCAUUGUUGUGGUUCAUCUUUCUCCCCCAUAUUUUCUUCAUCAGACAGCCAUCUGUCUGGGUUCAUUAUCCUGUGAAUUCUGUAAUUUGUGCCUCAGUGUUUGUCUCUCCACUUUAAUUUUUUUUCCUGUAACUCACACUAUUUACUGUGAAUUUGCUACUUGUAGUAGUUUUAACAUGCAUAACAUUAAUCUAUUUUGUCUUCAGUCCAGUAGGUAUAUGACAUAUUUUAGUGUUGUUAAGAUGCACAUUGUUUGCAGACACCAAAGGAAUUAAAAUUCUUCUUACACUGGCCUGUUAAGUUUUGAAUUGUUUAUUGCAGUAAUGGGGAUCUCUGAUAAAGUGAAGUGUAACAUUUUGAGAAAGAAAUUAGACACAGUAAUUUUAUUUACUGUAGCCUCUUGUCUUAUACAUUGAAAGGUGAGAUUGCUUAUCCAUCAAGCUAUGGAGUAGUGUUGUAAAAGAUGAUAUUGCAACACAUUUACUUUUCAGUGCUGAUAAAUAAACAGGGUAUGAGAAUCUUUGGCUAACUACUA